AUGCAUUUCUCCAACAGUGUUAUCGCUGUCACAGCUUCCCUUGUGUCUCUUGGUCUCGCUGCUGAUCCUCUCUCCUUUACUUCCUGGCCCAAGGAUCCCCUUCAACCUGGCAAGCCGAUUACCCUCACAUGGAUUGGUGCUGAUCCUGAUCUGCCUGUGACCAUUCUUCUCCGUCACGGUUCUUCAGGUGACCUGCAGGAUGUCAAGCCCAUUACUACCUCUAGCAAGGGCGGCACCUUCACCUGGACUCCUGACAACGAUGUCAAAAGUGGCGACACAUAUGCCUUCCAGAUCACACAGAAAGACCAGACCAACUACACCGCUCUGCUGAAGUCGGCUGGCAAGCCCGGCGCUGAUAUCCCCCAGGCUAAGGAUACCAACUCCGAAACUGGCACUGCGGCUACUACUGCUGCAGCCACAGGCACCACCACAGGCACCAGUACUGGUACUACUACCGGUACCACCACCGACGCUACCACCGGCACUACCGACACUACUUCCACCCCUCACACUCAGACCACAGGCGGUACUACCGAGGCAACCCAAGCAACCCAGACCACAGGGACUAGCACUGCUAGUAAGGCCCUCAUUAGCUCUGCUGCCAAUCCCUCUGGCAGCCCUUCUAGCUCUGCUGCUGCUAGCUCAACCGAUAGCUUGAAAGCUACCGGCACCGAGGUUGUCAAUGGCAGGGAAGCAUCUUCCACUGGAAGCAUGCAGACCGGCGCUGCGUCCAUUCCGCAAUACUCUGUACAAUUGGUAAUGGGUAUUGCCGGUCUUUUGGCCUACCUUGUCUAG